AAAAGUUAAAAUAAAAAUAGCUGUAAUAUUGUUUUUUAACAAUUUAUAUCGAAAAUAAAAAGAUAUUUGUGUCGUGUCCGAUUCUCUCUCACAUAAACUUGUAGAAGAGUAAAUUUUGUUUUGCCGCAAGUCUAGGUUUUAUAUGUGAUAUAUGAGUGUACAUUCGCGCGGAAAUUCUGACUUUGGUUAACACUGUAACAGUGUAACAAAAGUAUUCAAAGUUUCAGAAAUUGUAAUUGAAUCAAAUAUACAAAGAUGUGGUCAUCAAAUUUAGAUAGUAGUGCAACUUUCGAGGGUGGAUUUGCAAAUAACAGCACUAGGGAAGAUCAAGAUGCUACAAAAACACGAAGAGCACAAACUACUGUACCUGUUAUGAUACGACAUUUGCUUUCUACCGGCUCUACCGAAGAUGUAACAAUUUGGGGUAUUCCUGUACGUAUGUUUUCGUUAGUUGCAAUUGUACGUAAUGUCGAAGAAACUGCAACGAAAAUAUCAUACAACAUUGAGGAUGAAACAGGUACUAUUGUUGCACUUAAGUGGUUAGAAGCAGAUAGGAAAACAACAGAUCGUACUAUGUCAGUUAAUACAUACAUUCGUUUGGUUGGUUUACUCAGGGAACAAAAUGAUAAACGACAUGUUCUUAUUUUACGAAUGUGGCCAUUACAGAGCUUGAACGAAUUAACAAACCACAUACUUGAAGUUACUUAUGUGGCAUUAAAAGCUGAAGCAAUGGCCAAACAAAAUAAUGAAUUAAGUCAUGCAAAUGGUAAUAUGACAAUGUCAAGUUCAAAACCAGUUGAAGAUUCUGCUGAUUAUGGAAUGACAUCAGAGCAAAGUUUGAUUUAUAAAAUCAUACAUGCUCAAAAUGAUACUGAGUCUGGAAUUGAGAGGUCUGAAAUCAAAGCAAAAGCACCAAAAACAAUUCUUUCGAGAGUAGAUACUAUAUUAGAUUUUCUAGUUUCUGAAGGUCAUAUAUAUACUACAAGUACAGAUGAUCACUUUAAAACUACUUAAGUAAUAUAUGUUAUGUAAACUACUGUUAUAAGUUACGGAUAUUUCUUUUUGAUAAUGUUUUUUGAUCAUUAAAUUUCGCUUUUUAAUACCACACCAAUUAUACUGCAUCUCUGGUGAAUUUCUGGCAUCUAUAAAUUUACUCGAGUAAACUUAAGUAUGUUAAUUUAUAAUUUUAUAUCAUGUUAAACAGAUAUACAUAAGUUCAUUAUAUAUGUAUUAAAGUAUUAAAUUUAUUUUUCUAUUUUUAUUUAAAUAAAUACUCCAAAAAUUAAU